ACAAACCAGCGUAAAUUGUGUAAAAUAAUUUCGUGUGUUUGCUUAAUUCUGGCGCAUCACGCGUGACGUACGUUCAUCAUCAUGUGAGUGAGUUAGUCUGUCAUAAUAUUUGGCGUUUUCAAGACAUUGUUCGAUUCAGACUUUGAUAGAUUUUGAGUUGCGAUUAACAUAUUUCCCACAGAGAAUGACAAUCAAACUUAUAGACUGAGAAGUUAUCUGGUGUAUAAAAACACUUUUUUCACUACCAAAGAAGCAAGACCAGUAUUCCUAGAAUGUCGGACCCUUUCAAGGGAGAGCAGCCACCAGCUUACACUCCUGCCCCACAGGGGUAUGGGGCCCAGCCGGCCCCUCAGGCAUACCCAGGGGUGCAGGGUUAUCAAGGUUAUCAAACCGGUGCACCGCCAGGCUACCAGCAGGUCACCGGUGCCCCGCCAGCCGGCUACAUCCCGGCCCAGCCUAUCCGAGUGACGUCCACCAACGUGGUGGUGGUCGGUGGCUGCCCGGCAUGCCGCAUUGGCAUCUUGGAAGAUGACUUCACCCUUCUUGGCGUGUGCUGUGCUAUCUUGUUCUUCCCUCUGGGCAUCUUGUGUUGUCUCGCUAUGAGGCAGAGGCGAUGCCCGAAUUGUGGAGCUGUCUUUGGCUGAUCUCCGUCUCCCAGACCGGUAACCCAUCCUCAAGAAUCAUGACCCAAGAUUAUUUUAGAGGCUGUUUUCUGACAGCUUGAUAUAUAUUGGCUUAGAAGUGGCCAGGAGAAAUUAAAAUCACAUCAUUUUAGUUUGAUGGAAGUGCUGUAGUCUUUGUC